CUAACACAUCUUUCGAUGCUGAUCGACAGGGAGAAUUUCUUCCAGGAGGCCUUUAAGUUAAUUGGCAGACCUUGGCAACGUGGGACUGUGACUUCGAUAACCUUUCGAGAAUUCCUACAGUAUGUUAUCAAGGAAUCGAAACGCGGUCUGGACACCAUGAACUGCCACUGGCGUCCAAUCCACACCAUCUGCCAACCUUGUACUACAGAAUACAAGUACAUCAUGAAGCUAGAAACUAUAGAAGAAGACUUCGCGUUCCUCAGAGAAGAACUGGCCAUCCGCGAAAUGAACGUGACUUUAAAAAUGAACGUAAACAAGAAAGGGGAAUCUCGAACCAGUGAUGAUUAUUUCAAGGGUCUUCCUGUCGAUCUACUGGCGGGUAUCAGGCGCCUGUAUAAGUACGAUUUUACUCUCUUUAACUAUGUAAUACCUGAUUAUUUGGAGAACCUAGGCUAGCGAGGGAAGUAAUGGUAUUUUGUAAAAUCUAAAUAUCAACAAAAUCUACUUUUAAGAUGUUAUAUGAGCUCUAUUUAUUGACUUAAUUUUACUCUUUUUCAAUCUUAUUUCUAUUUAAUUAUAAUAGAAGUAAGUGUUUUUUUCUUAUUGCGUAGUAGCCUAGACCUUUGCUCGUGCACAUUGUUCCUAAUACACAGGGAAUGUUGAGAAAUGCAUAGGCAAGAGGUACGAGCGUAGUGACAAAUUUGGCGCGCAAAAACAACGCAACUAUUGUAAUAAAUAUCAACACUAUAAAGAAUAGUGAUUUUAGUGCACUAGUUUGUUUUUUUGCUUUACUUCUCUUCAAAAAUGCAUAUUCUAAUAUAAGAUAGAAAGAAAGUGCGUCAUAAAAUAUUAUCUGAGCAAAAAGAACCCUUGCCUUGCGUGCAGAUACGAAACACACGGGACAUGCCACAUACCUAAAAUGAGUAAUGCUAAAGGUUCCCCUAUGCUAAUUACUCACGUUUCUUCGGUGUUCAGUUUACUUAUUUACAUAUUUAUUAGUCUACCAUGUCGUAGUCUAUUGCAGCUUUAAGAAUUUAUAAAUAAUCGUGUUCGGAAAGCCACGUGUAGGUACCACCUGGUUGAUUGUUAUUGUUUCAAAUAUCAGUAACUUCCAAGCUUAUUUUAAUUUUCCGCGUUUACUCUCAUGACUGAACUAUUCAUUUACAUCAAUUUUAGGCUAAUGUGAUAGUUUUCAUACCAGGCCACCAUAAUCGUCAU